AUGGUCAAAGUCACAUUGCAGAAGCGAGGCCAACGAGGCUUGGACUUCAGUCGCACUUGGAGCCGCAGGGAAGUUCCCAGUAUCAGUCACAAGCAAGGGUGCUGGGUGCUCGGCGAGAACGCGGGACUGAGAAGACAGACCUACGCCGUGGUGGUCCACGGCGUGACUUGUCGAUUCUCUCCCUCCGCCACGGUCGAGAGGAGGCAGCUGAAAGUCGAGAGCGUCAGACGAAUUUCUACUGCUGCUGAAAUCGUGUACAUGGACUGGCUGAUGACCAAAAGGAAAAUGGACGAAACGAGGCCAGCGUCCGCGAAGCUCCUGAUCGAGUUUGCCGACCCAUACGCUGCCAACCAGGCCAUUGUAUGUGGCCUGGCAAUAUACGAAAGGAACCACGACUGCCAGCUUUUAAACGGCAGUCACCGCCUCAAGCAAUGCUAUCGCUGCCAGGUGUACGAAUACAUAGCCCAGAAUUACAAGCGAGACAUUCAAUGUGCCUACUGCGCAGGGGAUCAUAAUUCCAAGGAGUGCCCACAUGCACAUGACCGCCGCAAGGCCAAGUGCGCUGAAUGUGCCAAGCCACGACCUCAACUACUUUGCUUUGGAUCGGGGAUGCCCCAUCUGAGGUGA